UGACAACACGGCAUCAAAACAACACAAUUCUCUGGCCCGGACGCUGCGGCUCGGUUUUCGGCAAUGAAUCCUUCGCAAAAAAUCGCUCUUUCCGGCCUGGAAGAGGUGAACGUGCCCGGUCCAGUGUUUCUGAAAGCGGCCCUUUCCGAGUGUGAUGAUCCGCUGAAAGCAAUCGAAACAUUCCAGGUGGAGAAUGGCAUCCUGCUGCCAUCGUUGCGCCCGAUGCUUCCGCUGCUCGAUCUGCACGGCGUGCGCCGGCUGGACUUUCACACGUCCGUGCUGGAGGAGCUGCGCGACAAGCUGAUCGCACACAUCAACGAGCUGGGCGCCAAAGAGGGUCGGCAGCGGGACGCGAAGCUGAAAGAGCUGCUGGUCAAAAGCUUCCCCGUCGUGCGGGUCAAAGCACUGCGCCCGGUCGUGAUGUGCAUCCUGCGCAACACGCCGCACAUCGAGGACAAGUACCUGCGGAUACUGGUGCGCGACCGGGAGCUGUACCAGGACACCGACACGGAGGUGAAGCGACAAAUCUGGCGCGACAACCAGUCCCUGUUCGGGGACGAAGUGUCACCGCUCCUGUCGCAGUACAUCCGCGAAAAGGAGCACAUCCUGUUCGAUCAUCUCAAUCUGAACAAUCUGUUCUUCACGCCGACGCCGAAGGUGCGCCGGCAGGGCGAGGUGGUCCAGAAGUUGGCCCACAUGAUCGGCAACAGCGUGAAGCUGUACGACAUGGUGCUGCAGUUCCUGCGGACCCUGUUCCUGCGCACCCGCAACGUGCACUACUGCACGCUGCGGGCGGAGCUGCUGAUGGCGCUGCACGAUCUCGAGGUGCAGGACAUCAUCUCGGUGGACCCGUGCCACAAGUUCACCUGGUGCCUGGACGCGUGCAUCCGCGAGAAGAACGUCGACAUGAAGCGAUCGCGCGAGCUGCAGGGUUUCCUCGACAACAUCAAGCGCGGGCAGGAGCAGGUGCUGGGCGACCUGUCGAUGACGCUGUGCGAUCCGUACGCGAUCAACUUCCUGGCGACGUCGGCCAUCAAAAUCCUGCAGCAUCUGAUCAACAACGAGGGCAUGCCGAGGGAAAACCUCAUCCUCGUGCUGCUGCUGCGCAUGCUGGCGCUCGGGCUGUCCGCUUGGGUGAUGAUCGACUCGCAGGACUUCAAGGAACCGAAGCUCGACAGCCAGGUGGUGACGAAGUUCCUGCCCGCCCUGAUGUCGCUCAUGGUCGACGAUCAGGUGCGCCAUUUGCACUCCAAGCUGCCGCCGGACGAGCGCGAAAGUGCCAUCACGACGAUCGAACACUCCGGCCCCGCACCGGACGCGGUCGAGGCGUACAUCCAGGAAAACGCGGUCGCCUCCAUACUGGCCAUGUACUACACGCUGCACACCGCCCGGCAAAAGGAUCGCGUCGGGAUUUUGCGCGUGAUGGCCAUACUGGCGUCCUGCAAGGACGACCGCGCGUACGAAGACCCGUUCCUGCACUCGCUCAUCGCACUCAUCAUACCGAUGUCGGACGAGUUCGCGAACGAAGACUUCUGUACCGGGCUGUUCGAUGAGUUUCUGUUCGCCGGGCUGACGCGCGACAACGUGACGCGCCACAUGCUCAAGCUGCUCUGGUACAUCCACCAGAAGCUGCCGCAGGCGCGGCUAAUGACGCUGAUGAAAGCGCUGCAACCGACGGCCCAGCAUCACGAGAGCGUCCACAAGCUGUACGAAAAUUUGCAGAAGCGCGUCGGCACGCUCACGCAGGAAGCGCCCGCGGAGCCGAUGGAGACGGAUUUUGACUCGCCGCUGAAAAGUGUCCCCACGCCGGGACCACAUUACGUUAGCUAAGUAGGGAUCUCGAUUGGCGGAGAUGAUGGGAAGAGUACGAAAUAAAGCAAGAACUUACAAGACAGUGUAGUGCAUUAUCCGUUCA